AUGGUUUCCUUCAAGGCCGUCCUUCUCGGCGCCACUGGCGCCCUCGCCUUCCCCUUCAACGGGACCCAGCUGAGCGAGCUCGCCGGUCGUGCCGGUACUCCCAGCGGCACCGGCACCCACGAGGGCUUCUACUACUCCUUCUGGACCGACAACGGCGGUACCGUCAACUACGAGAACGGCGCUGGCGGCUCCUACAGCGUUAACUGGCAAAACUGCGGCAACUUCGUUGGUGGCAAGGGCUGGAACCCCGGCGCUGCCCGCACCAUCAACUUCGAGGGCCAGUUCAGCCCGCAGGGCAACGGCUACCUGGCCAUCUACGGGUGGACCCAGAACCCGCUGAUCGAGUACUACAUCGUCGAGUCCUUCGGUGACUACGACCCGUCGUCGCAGGCCACCAAGUUCGGCACCAUCGACCAGGACGGCAGCACCUACACCAUCGCCAAGACCCAGCGUGUCAACCAGCCUUCCAUCGAGGGCACCAGCACCUUCGACCAGUUCUGGUCUGUCCGUCAGAACCACCGCUCGUCCGGCUCGGUCGACGUUGGCGCCCACUUCAACGCCUGGUCCCAGGCCGGCCUCCAGCUUGGCACCCACAACUACCAGAUCGUUGCUACCGAGGGCUACCAGAGCAGCGGCUCUUCCUCCAUCACCGUCUCGUAA